GUGGAGAUGCUGGAGAGGAAGUACGGAGGUCAGUUUGUGUCCCGGCGAGCGGCGAGAAUCAUCCAGACGGCGUUCCGUCAAUAUCGUAUGAACAAGAACUUUGAGAGGCUGAGGAGCUCAGCUUCAGAGAGCAGGAUGACACGACGCAUCAUGCUGUCCAACAUGAGGGUGCAGUACUCGUUUGACGAGCGGCAGCCACAGGGGUCGGCGGGUCAGCUGGGGUCGGACGACGCGGGAGACAUGGACGACUCCUUCUCCAAGCAGGUGAAGUCUCUGGCCGACUCCAUCGACGACUCCCUCACCUGCCAGUCCGGUCGCGAGGACUCACAGGACGCAGGAGGAGACGCCGAGGAGGACGAGGAGGAGGACGCCAACGCGUCCUCCCGACGGGUGGCGGGACGGCCGGGGGUCGGGGGAGGGAGGGGAGGGGUGAGAGGAGGCGUGAGAGGAGGCGCCGCCAUGCACGAGGACAGCACCGCCACCUCCUUCAGCGAUGUCACGCUCUACAUGGACGAUGGCUGCCCGCCCUCCUCGCCGCUCUCACGCCCGGCCUCCAGCUCUGACACGGAGUCGGAGCGCGGCUCCAUCGGACGCCUGGUGUACGAACAGGAGCCGUCAGGAGGCCAGACCCGCAGCCCGGCCAGCGUGCCCUUACCGAUGCCUUCGGCCCGGGCCCUGCCGCCCCACCCUCUCCCUCACCCUCUCCCUCACCCCCACCCUCACCCCCACCCGUCGCCCAUCCCCCACCUGCCCACCAUCCUCCACCACCACCCGCAGUACAGCCAGCAGCACGUCAUGCACAUGCACCACGGCGGCCCUUACAUGCAGCCGGCUCAUCACUUCGCCCAGCACCACUACCACCACCUGCAGCACCUCCCCCACGGCUACCCAGAACCCCCCACUUCCCCGCUGCCCUCCCCCAUGCCGCCUCUCUCCCCUCUCCCGGCCCCGCUCACGCCCUCGCCGCUGUCCUCCUCCUCGGCGCUCCAGAACCUGGAGGCGCAGCAGCAGCACCUGUCGGACGGAGACAACGAGAGCGUGAACUCCACCACCACCAACUCCAACGACGACACCACGGUCAACAACUGCAGCUCCGGAUCCUCGUCGCGCGACAGCCUGCGGGAGCCGAUCGGGGGCGGGGCUCUGGGGAAACAGACCUAUCAGAGAGAGAGCCACCACAGCUGGGACUCUCCCGCCUUCAACAACGACGUGGUGCAGCGGCGGCAGUACCGCAUCGGACUCAACCUGUUCAACAAGAAGCCGGAGAAGGGGAUCCAGUACCUCAUCGAGAGGGGCUUCGUGUCGGACACCCCGGUGGGCGUCGCCCGCUUCAUCCUGGAGAGGAAAGGACUCAGCAGGCAGAUGAUCGGGGAGUUCCUGGGCAGCCGGCAGCAGUUCAACAAGGACGUCCUCGACUGUGUUCUGGAUGAGAUGGACUUCUCGGGGAUGGAUCUAGACGAAGCUCUGAGGAAGUUCCAGGCUCAGAUCAAAGUCCAGGGUGAAGCUCAGCGGGUGGAGCGACUGGUGGAAGCCUUCAGUCAGCGGUACUGUGUUUGUAACCCGGUGCUGAUCCGGCAGUUCCAGAACCCGGACACCAUCUUCAUCCUGGCCUUCGCCAUCAUCCUCCUCAACACGGACAUGUACAGCCCCAACGUGAAGCCGGAGAGGAAGAUGAAGCUGGAGGACUUCGUCAAGAACCUUCGGGGUGUGGACAACGGGCAGGACAUCCCCAGAGACCUGCUGGUCAACAUCUACGGGAGGAUCCAGAAAUGGGAGCUGAGGACCAACGACGACCACGUGUCUCAGGUCCAGGCGGUGGAGAGGAUGGUGGUCGGCAAGAAGCCCGUGCUGUCGCUGCCUCACCGCAGGUUGGUGUGUUGCUGUCAGCUGUUCGAGGUUCCAGAUCUGAACAGAGCUCAGAGGAGCGGAGUCCACCAGAGAGAAGUCUUCCUGUUUAACGACCUGCUGAUGGUGACGAAGAUCUUCCAGAAGAAGAAAACUUCGGUGACGUACAAUUUCAGACAAUCAUUUCCUUUGGUGGACAUGCAGGUGCACACCUUCCAGAACACCUACUACCCUCACGGCAUCAGACUGACGUCGGCGAACCCCGGAGGAGAGAGGAAAGUGAUGAUCGUCUUCACGGCUCCGAGCCAGCAGGACCGAGCUCGCUUCACCUCUGACCUCCGAGAGAGCAUCGCCGAGGUCCAGGACAUGGAGAAGAACCGCGUGGAGACCGAGCUCGAGAAGCAGAAAGGUGUGAUGCGUCCAGCUUUGCUGUCGGGGGGAGGAGCUGGAGGCACGCCGGGGGGCGGGGCCAACGUCGGCGGCGCAAAGGGCGAGGUGGUGAACGGCACCCUGGGUAGGCCGAGCCUCGACGACACGUACGCCUCUGUGGACGGACUCAAACGCACGGCGCUCAGCUCCUCCCUGAGAGACCUCUCAGAAACAGGGAAGCGAGGUCGUAGGAACAGUGUUGGGUCAUUGGACAGUACCAUUGAAGGUUCCAUUAUUAGCAGCCCUCGUUCUCACCAGCAGCGCCCCCUGCAUGCCGGGGUUCUCUCCUACAGCCCCAUGAUGGUCCCUUCGUCUCCAGCAGCCUACCGGCCGCACCGCCCAACUCAGAGCCCCGGUACAGGGGUGGGGGGUGGGCCGGGGCUCUGUCACAACCAGGGGGGGAUCAACACCUCCCCCCUCGUGAGCGGGGGAGGGGCUGGGGGAGGCGGCGGGAUGACAGGCGGGGGCGGGGCUACCGGCAGCGGCCUGCUGGGGAAUUUCUUCGGCAGCCGCAGAGGCAAGUGUCCCGGUCCCCUGACGAUGAUGUCACCGACUCCUCAGGGUCCUCCGAGUCCACUGAUGAUAUCAUCGCCCCCCCACUAUCCCGCUCCCGCGCCUCCCAUCGCCCACCCAUCCUCCCCUUCCCCAUGCCCCUCCCCAUCACCCAACCUCGUCCAGUCGGACUCGGGAGGCCUUGGAGGGGGGCCGUCCAAGCUCCAGGCCUUGCACGCUCAGUAUUGCCACGUCAACAGUGGAGGAGGAGGAGUCGGUGUUACUGGCCACCAGCAGCAGCAGACGCCGCCCCCACCUUACCACCACCAUCACCGCUACCACAUGCAGAGCGCCCCGCAGCACCACGCCCUCGCGCACAGGUUCUCGGGCCCCCGGCGGCAGGGCCCGCCCAGCUGCGUUCCCUCCCAGCCCCAGCAGAGGGUGCUCCAUGGCGUCGGGCAGCACCCGCGCUACAACCUGGGCUUCAUCACGCCGCCGCCUCUGUCCCCGCACUCCCCCGUCACCCCGACUACCCCACACGGACUCUACCACUCGCACCCCGCGGCGGGGAGGCAGGGGGUCGGCGGCAAGCUCCCGCUGACCAUCUCGCACUCGCAGCCACACCCCCACACGCCCUCUGCUCGCCUCCUCCCCCAGACGCCGACUCAGCCCUACGCACCGCAGUACCCGCCCAUCACCUCCAUCCCGCCGCCGCCGCCGCACUCCCCGUUGCCUCCCCCGUUGAACGCCCCGCUCUCCCUGCACCCGGGGGGAGGGCAGGGGGCGGGGCCCAAAUCCAAACCGGUCAGCCGGAUCAGCACGGUCGUAGUGUCCUUCGGAGUGUCCUUCAGAGUGUCCUUCAGAGUGUCCUUCAGAGUGUCCUUCGGAGUGUCCUUCGGAGUGUCCUUCAGAGUGUCCUUCAGAGUGUCCUUCGGAGUGUCCUUCGGAGUGUCCUUCGGAGUGUCCUUCAGAGUGUCCUUCAGAGUGUCCUUCGGAGUGUCCUUCGGAGGUGGCCUAAGAGGAAACGAGGAGCCGGCUCGGGGAAGUUGA